CUCAGUGGCGGCUGUGUGGCCCCCUGUCUCAGUCCGGACGGAGUUGUUUCUGACGUUUGAAUGAAAAACAGUGCAAAUUACCUCCACUUUGGACCCAGGAAAUAAUGGCUUCAGCCUUGGAGCAGUUUGUGAACAAUGUGCGGCAGCUCUCCGCUCAAGGCCAGAUGACUCAGCUGUGCGAGUUGAUCAACAAGAGUGGGGAGCUGCUGGCCAAAAAUCUGUCCCACCUGGACACGGUGCUGGGGGCUUUGGACAUCCAGGAGCACUCCCUCGGUGUGCUGGCUGUGCUAUUUGUGAAGUUCUCCAUGCCAAACAUCCCUGACUUUGAGACGCUCUUCUCCCAAGUCCAGCUCUUCAUCAGUACCUGCAAUGGGGAACACAUUAGAUAUGCAACAGACACUUUUGCUGGUCUUUGCCACCAGUUGACAAAUGCCCUUGUAGAGCGGAAACAGCCAUUGAGGGGUGUCGUUGUCCUAAAACAGGCGAUAGACAAAAUGCAGAUGAACACAAACCAACUUACCUCAGUUCAUGCAGACCUGUGUCAGCUGUGCUUGUUAGCAAAGUGCUUCAAGCCCGCCCUGCCCUUCUUGGAGCUGGACAUGAUGGACAUCUGUAAGGAGAAUGGAGCCUAUGACGCAAAGCACUUUUUAUGUUACUACUACUACGGUGGCAUGAUCUACACGGGCCUCAAAAACUUCGAAAGAGCACUGUAUUUUUAUGAACAGGCAAUAACCACUCCAGCCAUGGCAGUGAGCCACAUCAUGUUGGAAGCCUAUAAGAAAUACAUCCUGGUGUCACUCAUUCUCCACGGCAAAGUGCAGCAGCUGCCCAAAUACACCUCACAAAUAGUAGGGAGGUUCAUCAAGCCCCUGAGCAAUGCAUACCACGAGUUAGCUCAGGUUUAUACCACCAACAACCCGGCAGAGCUGCGCAGCCUGGUCAACAAACACAGCGAGACCUUCACACGAGACAACAACACAGGCCUGGUCAAACAGUGCCUCUCCUCCCUCUACAAGAAGAACAUCCAGAGGCUAACAAAGACCUUCCUGACACUGUCUCUGCAAGACAUGGCGAGUCGAGUGCAGCUGUCAGGCCCCCAGGAAGCAGAGAAAUACGUCUUACACAUGAUUGAAGAUGGCGAGAUCUACGCUAGCAUUAACCAAAAGGAUGGUAUGGUCUGCUUCCAUGACAACCCCGAAAAAUACAACAACCCAGCAAUGCUCCACAAAAUUGACCAAGAGAUGUUGAAAUGUAUAGAGCUGGAUGAGAAACUAAAGUCUAUGGAUCAAGAAAUCACAGUAAACCCACAAUUUGUGCAGAAGAGUAUGGGAUCGCAGGAGGAUGAUGUUGGUAGCAAAACAUCAAGUUACUCCUGAGGGGCCUUGGACAGGGAGAGAACGCUGCAGCCACCCAACACGUUCUUCCCAGGAUGGGUUGGAUUUUUUAAAAGAGGAAGACAAACAUUCUAUUGCAUAAGGACAUUGGUCAAGGAAAAUCUAAUUGUGUGGAAUGAUGAUAAAUUUGGUUAUUCUUUCUUCACAGUGUCUUAAGGAUAACAAAAGAUCCUUACAGAAAAGGAAAAAAAACAUUACAAUUUUGUCAGUGUUUUAUUUAUCAAUGUUCAGGUUGGAGCGCCACUGCUACAUUAACAGAAACCACAAUAAUAAAAACUGGACUUAUUUGUUCCAAACGUAUGUGUGAAUAAUCUCACUGUUUGUUUUGGUUCUGCUGCAUGAUGGCCGUAACUCGAGGGCAUUACAUAUGAGGUAAAACAUCUAUGGCUGACGAGGAAUAAAUCUGAUAUAUUCUA